AUGCAGAUGAAAGAAAAAAUUUCAAGUCUUGAAGCCCAGGUUUUGGAGGCUGAUGCCAAAUUGAAAGAAAACGAAAGCCGAUUUUGUUCUGUUAAACAAUCUGUGGAUAGUGAGCAGAAGUACUUAUUGCGAAUUUCGGACCUUGAGGCUCAGGCGAAGAAUGUGCAGCUCGAAUUGGAUUCUAUGAAAGAUCGGAAAGCCGAAUUAGAAAGACGGGUUUUGGAGGAAACUGAAAAAUCAGCAUCCUUAGUAAAGGGCCUUACCGAACAGAUCAACUCUCUGAAGAAUAUACUGGCUAAUGCAAAUACCCAGAAAAGUGAACUAAUAACCGAGCUCGACAAAAAAUCGAAAGAAAAAACAGAAUGCCUGAUUCUAAUAAACAACCUAAAGAAUGAGUCGAGUAUGAACGAGCAGAAGUUAUCGAAGGAGAAAGAAGGCCUAAAAGCUCAUGCUCACGACUUAGAAUUGAAAAUACAUUCUCUGCUCAGCACGAAAACAGAACUCGAAGACCAAAUAAAGAAGCUAACACAAGAAGCUUCUCAAUCCUUGGCAGAAGUAUCCAGAUCACACAGAUCACUAUCCGAAAAAGAAAACGAACUAUCCACUGAGCGCAAGAAACUCACCGAUUUCCAAAACAUAACUUCUGCUAAGACCAAAUCCCUAGAAGAUGAGACAAAAAGCCUCAAGAACGACCUCGAAUCCAUAAAAAACGAGAAAAACCAUCUCCACACGAUCAUCGAAUCCCUACAAAAAAAUGCACACCUCUUACAAACCGAGCUCGACAGAGAAACAGGAGAAAACUCCCAAAACAAAUCGAAACUCGAGAAACUCUCCAAAUCCAACUUCCAAAUCGUGGAGCGUAAAGUGGAAGAUUUACUAGAGGAGUUCCGGAAGCAACUAGAAGACAAGUACCGGAUCCUGAGCCGCAGGAUCCGGGUUGCCGAGCAACUCCAAGUCGAGAACAAGGAAUGGUACCAUAAAACUAAAGAAGCAUACGAGCAACAGAACAAGGACUUGAAAGCUCGAGCAGAAAGAAACGAAAUCGAGCUGAAAAGCAUCAAGGACAUGACACUAACGGCAAACAAAGUCCUAACUUCUCUAGACUCGGUGGCCCUAAAUUUCGAGGAAUGCAGCGCGAAUUUUUUAAACAGGAUUUCGAAAGCAUCGUGUGAGCUCAAGUUUGCGAAGCAUUGGGCCAUGAGGAAGAAUAAGGCGGUUUUACACGUGAGGGACGAGAUGGACUGCCUGUUGGCCCAGCUGGACGACAAGGAGAAGGAGAUAUUGGUAGUUAGGGAGAGGGUUUGGAAGUCGGAGAAUAAAGUGCGGGAGUUGGAGAAGAUGGUGAAAGAGAAAGAAGAUACCAUGUUGGGGCUCAAGGAGGAGAAAAGAGAGGCUAUAAGGCAGUUGUGUGUUUGGAUCGAUUAUCAUCGUGGCCGCUCGGAUUAUUACAUGAAGAUGUUGUCCGAGUUGAACCCGGCGUGCAAGAAGGCAUCUUGA